CUGCCCCCUGCCAAUCAAGCCGUCAACGCAACGGCCACUCAUCCACCGAUCCCUGUGUCGUGUCUACCGUGCGCUCAGCCGUGCGCUUCUAACAACAGUGGCCUCGCGAGAGACCCACUGCACGCCGAGCACCUUGGGCUCCUUGACCGGGGCGGCUCGCACGCCCUCCUCGCCCUCGCCUGGCUCCUCCUUCACCUCCUUGCCCUCCUCCGCCUCGACGGCCUCGAGUGUCUGUGUAUAGUCGCCGACGAGCUGGUUGCCGUUGAGGAAGACAAAGACGCCCUCGCCGUUGGGCUUGUUGUACCGGUAACCGCCCACGUAGAAGAUGCCUGAGUGUAGGUAGGUGUGUCGUGUGUUGGCUGGGCUGCUCGUGUGGGGUGGGUACCUUACCGGUUGGGAAUAUCCAUCGUCCCGACUGGAACCUGCCGUUGGCCCACGUGCCCUCGUACUUGGUCUGAACACACACGACGACACACACACACACACACACAUAUUAGAGAGGACCUCAGUCUUCACCCAAUCCCAUCCACCGACCUGGUCCUUGGCGAAGGUGUAGUUGCCCCAUCCGUGUUUCUUGCCCUCCUUCCAGUCGCCGCUAUACACGUCACCGUUGGCGUAGUGGAAGGUGCCCGACCCCUCGCGCAGGCCCUGCACGUACUCGCCGUAGUACCGCCCGCCUCGCUUCGGCUUGGCCUCCUCGCCCUCCUCCUCACCGGCCUCCUCCUCGGCCGCCGGCGGCUUGUAAGUCAGCCGCCCCAGGCCCUGCUUGAGGUUCUCGUGGAAGCCACCGAUGUACUUGUCGCCGUUCUUGUACACAUACGAACCUGCAGUGCAUUGCAUUCAGCACAUCACACAUCACAUAACGCGCCAGACGAGAGAGAAGGGAAGGUCUUGUGUGGGUUUGGUAGGUAGGGGGCUUCUCCUUUGUUUGUCGCAUGCACCCACCUUUGCCCUGUCUGAUGCCGUCGUCAAAGUCGCCCUCGUAGGUUUCGAUGACCUCCUCGUCGAGCUUGUAGGUGGCCUUGCCCUUGCCCGUGAAGCCGCGGGAGCGGGUCAGCAGCCCCUCAGCCGUUUCAAGCGUGUAGGGCGGCGGGGGGGCCUUCUCCUCCUCUGCCAUCGCCAAAGGAUCUCAAUCACUCGAAUCAAUCGCGAAGACUGCCAGUG